CCCGAUCGAGUUCGCUAUAAGAACAGGCUCGCCUACGGCAAUUCUUUCUUAUUGUCUAUUAUUCAACAAAGCAUAUCUCAUUCCGAAGUUAGAAAAAAGGCACGCACAUAUAAAGUCUCUGCCUUCUAAAGUGGUACAUAUUCUCGCAAGCCUCAGACAACUCUCCACGUUCAAAAAAUCCUUUGCUCAAGCCGACUCAUAAUACGCUAUGUUUUCUAUUCGUCGCUUGGGCCGUGGAAUAUACAACGAUAUUCGGAACCGACUUCCCUACUAUGCUUCAGAUUUCAAGGAUGCCCUCAACUACAGGGUGGUGCCUUCGGUGAUAUACAUCUUCUUUACAAAUUUGCUACCUGCCAUCGCUUUUGCUCAAGAUAUGUUCGAUCGUACAGAUAAUCUGUACGGCGUGAAUGAAGUGCUUUUAAGCUCAGCUCUUGCAGGAGUUAUAUUCGGUCUCUUUUCGGGACAGCCGCUCUGUGUCGUUGGAGUCACAGGCCCAAUUGCGAUUUUCAGCUAUACCAUAUACGAAAUCAUGACGCCCCGCGGCACACCAUUUUUCCCAUUCAUGUGCUGGGUGUAUCUCUGGUCGAUGGUCAUGCAUUUCGCCAUCGCCCUCCUCAACUGGGUGCUGUUCAUGAAGAUCGUAUCUAAUUUCUCGUGCGAGGUAUUUGGCUUUUUCAUCUGUAUUGUCUAUUGUCAAAAGGCCAUCCAAAUGCUCAACAAGCAAUUUCACGAUGAUGGCGCUGCAGCAGGAUUUUGUUCUGUGAUGAUUAGUUUGCUAAUGGUGAUAUUUGGGCUCGGGUCCGGCAUGUUUGGCUCCCAGCUACACUAUUUCAAGCCCAAAUUAAGAAAGAUUUUUGCCGACUAUGGAGUUCCUCUUUCUGUUAUUUUCUUUACUGGAUUUAUACACUUUGGCGGAUUUUUGGACGAGGUUUCGUUGUCUCGCUUGCCAGUUACCAAGGCUUUUGCUCCUACGACUCUGUCUGCCGAAUUGGGCAGAGAGCAUGGUUGGUUUAUCCAUUUUUGGCCCAACGAAAAUAUAUCUGUGGGGGAUGUUUUCAUUGCCGUGCCAUUUGCUAUUCUUCUCACGUUUCUCUUUUACUUUGACCACAACGUCUCUUCGCUUAUGUGUCAGCUGAAAGAUUAUCCAUUGAAGAAGCCGGCUUCAUUUCACUGGGAUUUCAUGUUGUUGGGGCUAACCACGGGCAUAUCUGGUCUUAUUGGGAUUCCAGCACCAAACGGAUUAAUCCCUCAAGCACCAUUGCACACAGAGUCUCUUAUUGUGCACGAUUUGAUUACUGGUGAACCAAAAUCCGUCGUCGAGCAGCGUGUGACUAAUACUGGACAAGGAGCAUUGACUUUUGUCAUGAUGAGCGGGCCUUUCUUGAUUUUAUUGGGAUUGAUUCCUCAAGCAGUUUUGAGUGGUCUCUUCUUUAUCAUGGGUAUUGGUGGAUUGAAUGGCAAUCCAGUGGUCAACAAAAUCAGAUACAUCUUCCUUGACAAUUACUACAUCGAGAACGGUGCUGACGUCCUUCCAAUUUGGAAAGAAAUACACCGUAUUCCGAAAGAAAAGAUGAAAUAUUUCUACAUCUAUGUCUUGUUGCAGAUUAUCGCAGGUGUUGCGGAAUUUGUAAUCACGUUGACCACAGCGGCAGUGGGCUUUCCGGGCGUUUUACUUUUCUUCGCUAUAUGCGCCAGAUGGGUAUGGCGUUAUAUCAUUCCGCAAGAAGAUUUGGACUAUCUUGAUGGUGCUGUCGCCGAGCCUUUCAUCAUCAAAAGUUUGGAAGUUCCUCACAAGUCGAUUUCAUCCUCCGGUUCUUCUGAAGAAGAGGAGGGAAAAGAAGUGUGAUAUCAAGGUUUAUCCCAUUUGUGCUGAGAAAGGUUAGAUAGUUUAUAGAAAGCGUUUGUUUAUUAUUUCUAAGUCUGUACGCCGCCUUGUUUUAUUUUCCUUCAUCUUUUCCUUCAUCAUGUGGCCUGGUUUCGUAUAUCUCAAUAGCGCAUUUUCGCUCUCAGAUCAAUGUUUGCCCACAAAGUUGAUCGGAG